UGGGAGACAAGACGAGAGGCGAUGAAUUGACACUGUUACCCUAGGUAUUUAAGCCUGCCGUCCACUGUACAGAUUCAGUGGUGACGCCAACUAGCUUCGGGAUCAGUGGGUUUAGAUUUCGACACUUCUGUGCAUUCCGCAUCUCUACCAAGACUUCCCACAAUGAAUGAGAAACGCUCAGUAUCUAUCAGUGACGCGGCAUCAAUGAACCAACCCGGUUGCCUGGACACGAAAGGACGACGUUUCUCCUGUCCUGCCGUCAACGUCGUUGAUAAUGCCAUUGUCAUCAAGCGACCACCGUUCACGCAAACAGCGUUCGACGAUAUCCACGCCAAGACCGAGUUCGAAUCCAAGAGCAUAUCCGAACGCCUGAAGAAACAGGCGUAUUGCUCCAAGAGGCGACUAUGGAAGCUGGUGAGCGGUUAUCUCCCAAUCCUCAAGGUCCUACGGUACUACAACAUUAAAGAAAACAUUCUGAUUGACAUCCUGGCAGGUUUAACAAUUGGGGUACUACAUAUCCCCCAAGCACUGGCGUUCGGCCAGCUGACGUCUGUGAAGAUCGAGAACGGCUUGUAUACAUCUUUAUGGCCUGUUAUCAUCUACGUAUUUUUCGGAACAUCUGCCCACGUUUCCAUCGGCACCAGUGCUGUGAUCUGUAUAUUGACUGCUAGUGUUGUGGACCGUCAAGGCGAGGCCUUUGUCGCCGCUAAUCCGGAUAUUCUGAACUUUACAUUGAACGGAACUCAAGUGCCUCUUAAUGAAAUCCCUGCAUACUUGGAUUACAAGGAAGGGGUAGCCAUGGCUGUGACUUUCGUUUCGGGGUUAAUGAUGAUCUUCAUGGGCGUCUUCAAGCUCGGGUUCAUCACCGCCUACCUAUCCGAGUCCUUCUUCUGCGCGUUCACAUCAGGAGCUGCUAUCCACAUUGCCACAAGCCAGGUUCCAGCUAUGCUUGGUUUGGACAUCACGAAACACGGCGGUCUGUUCAAGUUCAUCAAUAACUACAUUGAAAUCUUCUCCCACAUCACCGAGGUCAACGUUGCUGCCAUCGUCUGUGCCGUCAUCACUUGUCUCAUCAUCGUGCUGGUCAAGGACUGCAUUAACGAGAGAUUCAAGCAUAAGCUCUUCAUGCCAAUCCCUAUCGAGCUUUUCGUCGUCGUGUUCGGAUGCAUCGUUGGCUACUUUGGUGACCUAAACACAAACUUCGGAAUCGCAAUCGUCGGAAGCAUCCCUAACACCAUUCCCCCACCUGUCAUUCCACCACUGGCAGAAGCCCCCGAUUUCUUGGCCGACUGCUUCAUCAUCGCCAUCCUCAUCUUCGCCAACACCAUCGCAAUGGCUAAGAUCUGCGCCAAGAAACACAACUACGAGGUUGACGACAGUCAAGAACUCAUCGCCUACGGCAUGUGCAACUUUGUCAGUUCUUUCUUCAAGUGCUUUCCCUCAAGCGUGGCGCCCCCACGAUCCAUGGUUUCAAGCGGCAUGAACACCAAGACGGUCGUCAACGGCAUAUUUACAUCCGGUCUGAUGGUCCUCGUUAUCAUGGUCAUCAGCUUCGUCUUCGAGGUUCUCCCCAAGUCAAUCCUCGCAGCCAUCAUCUUCAUUGCUCUCAAAGGACUCUUCAUCCAGAUUCUCGACGGACGCAAAUUCUGGCGUGUCAACAAAUUCGACUUCGUCAUUUGGUUCAGCACCUUCACCAGCGCCGUGUUCCUCGACAUCGACUACGGUCUCUUCAUCGGCGUGGGUGUGUCCCUCAUCACUGUUGUGUUCCAAACUCAGUUUGCCCGCGGCUACAGACUCGGCAGAACCAUGAAAGACAGCACCCUUGUGGAGCACAAGAAAUAUCAGGAUUCCGUCGAGAUCCCUGGCGUCAAGAUCUUCCGCUUCGAGUCUUCUCUGUACUACGCCAACGCCGAGAUCUUCCGAUCCAACCUCUACCGAUGCACUGUUAACCCCAGAAAACUACUGAAGAUGAUAAAGAAAUACGAAAAGAAAAUGGGCAAAUCUGGGAGGAGUGUGAUGCUGCUAAGCGAAGAAAGAAGAAGCUCCGUUGUGAAGACAUCAGUGCCAUCAAUAAACACGACUGGAAACACGAAUCUAAGCACGUCUGAUAGCAACCUCAUUGGGCGUAUGAACAGCACAGAGUCAACAAAAAGUGACAGCACAAAACGCAACUCCGUCUCCAGUAUGGACAAUCCUGUGUUCACAAUCACCGACGAAGCACAAAAUAACAGCUAUACGCUCAAACAGAAUGGCUUCAACGCCGACGGCAGCAUGAAACGCCACGGAAGCAUUGACUCCACCUUCUCCACCGUCACCAUCACCACAAUCAACUCCGAGGACGAAGAAGUUGACCCCGAGGACGGCGGCAUCCUUGUGACGGAUGAGAAACUAAGAACUAUGAGACGCACGCACCACGUCGUCGUCGAUUGCAGCGUCAUCAACUACUUGGAUGCCUCCGGCGCCAAUGUCCUUAGUCACAUCUUCACUGAGUACGACCACGUCAACAUCAAACUGUUCCUGUGCGGUUGUUCUUACGACAUGCGGGAAGCUAUGAAACAUGCUGGUGUUUUUAAUAAGAUUCCACACGAAAAUAUUUUCUUGGAUCUUUACGAUGCCCUUGCCGUUGCUAAGAUACAACGGGCCAUUCCGAUGCUGUUGGACGUGACAGAUUAUUCCGAUGACGAGGCUGCUGAAGAUUCCUACAUCACAAAGCUAUAACAAUGGAAACUGAAUCGCAAUCGAGAAUCUCAUAAACACUACAAAUGCAGUUUCAUGUAGAGACUUCGCACUCGGCUGAGCCGAUGACGUCACUGGACAUCGAAUGAUUUGAUUGGUUCAUCGCACUCCAUAUGUGUUUCACUUAUGUAUAAUACUCAGGUGUGGCGUUGUAUAUACGCAAUAUCUAUCUAUCUAUCUAUAUAUACAUAUAUGUUUGUGUGUGUGUGUGUGUGUGUGUGUGUGUGUGUGUGUGUGUGUGUGUGUGUGUGUGUGUGUGUGUGUGUGUGUGUGUGUGUGUGUGUGUGUGUGUGUGUGUGUGUGCGUGCGCGCCUUUCUUCCGUCUUUGAUACUGUCGAUACUACGCAGAACACUGAUGAAAAGGUUUAUCAGAACUUUGGGACUAAAACUUACACAAAUAUGACCCAUUUGUACAUAUGUAUAUAUGAAAUACGUAUAUAAUAAGACGAGAUUCAACUAAGAAUGGUUAUAGUGUGCUAAUUGUAAUGCAUAGUAGUUUAAAACGUUCUAAAUAUUAUCACACAAUAUGGAACUUGUUCAAGAUACGUUGUUGUGUUUCACCGCUGGUGUCAGGGGAAUAGUAUAUAAGGAUCUGUUUGAAGAUGGGAGUUGUUGUCACGGAAGAUUAAAAUAAUUUAUAU